CGGCCGUGACCUCGCCCUUAUUCCCCGACUUGAACAAGGCGAACUCGGGCCCGUACCAUUCUCGCAACAUAUGGGCCUUCUGUUCCUUGGUGGCUGCCCCACGGUAGAUGUCGUCCAGAAUCCAGGAUGCUUCGGAAUGGUUGAUAAGCUUGCGGAUUUUCCCAUAAAACUCGGGGAUGAUGAUGUCGCGAAUCUCGGUGUCGUUCUGGACAAGGAGUUUGCCGAUGAGAAACUUGGCAUAUCUGCUCUCAGCAAGUUGCGCAUAGGCACCCUGAAGCUCCUUCGCGAUCUGCUUCCUUUGGACUGGGGUUGAGUAUUUGAUGGCCGUCUGGACAGCGCGCACGGCGUCGUGCUUCAAUACGAAGUCUUUGAUGCGCCCGGUAAUGAUGGAGAAGAGCUCGUCGACCAGUUGCUGGCGCUCCUCCUUGGGCACAUGCGACUUGCGGCGCAAUCUCUCCCACAACUUUUUCGUCCGCUGAACCUCGUCCGCCAAUGGUUUCGCGGCUUUACGUUCUUGCGCCAACUGUUUCUGCUUCGCAUGAGCCUCGCGGGAGGUUUGUCCUGUUGGCUUGUUAACACCGAUAGAAUUGAGUCUCGAGUCUCACAGGCAAGGACAACAAACCUUUCUCCAACGCCUUGCCAGCGGCCUGGCCGUUCGCUGUUUUCCCCUGCUUCAAAGCAGCGCCUCCGUCGUCCGAGUCGGAAAAGGUGGCGCCAUCACUUUCAGAAGCCUUUGGCUCGACUUUCUUGUGCUUCGGCCCGGUGGUAGUCUUCGCCUUCUUCGCUCUGCUGCCAUCGUUGUGAUGCACCUUUCUCUUUACGCUAGGCUCCGAGAAUUUUGGCGCCAUUUUUAUGUCCGCCGCUGAAGAGUGAAGCAAUUCGAGAGGUGUUGAAUGGUGAUCGAUCCAAGGUUGAGCUUACCCGCCAAACUCGAAAUGCUGCGCUACCAGUUCUGCUUUGGCCGAAAUUUUUUUGGAAGCCAAUUCCUAGGAUCCCUGUUUCUGCCAGGCGGUCAGCCUAGUGUGAGCUUGGCGGGCCGGGGUGGACGCAAGACCCCACGUCCAAAAGUUGUGCCCCUCCUCCAACAAACCAGCAAAUCCACCAGACGAACCACACUCCCAUCAGCAAAGAGUAAAUCCAAACCCACCCACUUCGUUCCAAGUGCUCACAGGAAGACCUGGUCCUCCGCCUGGCCAGGACAUCAACAACGACACAAAGCCGCUAUUCUUUACAGCACAGAUACUUAAGAUGGGGCGUGAGGAUCAAAUUGAGGAAAGAGAGGUUCUGGACUCUAUCUUUCCAGACGAGAUUACAGACAUAUCCGAGACUGAAUACAGAAUAUUGAUCGCCCUCGAUAUCCCAGAUGACAAGGAGGAACCUCCGAUUAUGCUCCUUACUGUGCGCUACCCCGAGGAAUAUCCAGACAAGGCACCAUUCCUAGAGCUCUCGGCGUCACAGAACGCAAUCCCUCACCCACACCUCAACAUCGCCGAGGACAAGGAGCAGCUUUUACGGGGGUUGGACGCAACGAUCGAAGAAAAUCUUGGGAUCGCAAUGGUGUUCACUUUGGUCUCGACACUCAAAGAAGCCGCAGAGCAACUAGUGCUGGAUCGAAAGGCAGCUAUCGUGAAGGCACACGAAGAAGCCGUGCUGGCUGCCGAACGUGAGGAGAAUAAGAAGUUUCAGGGAACCCCGGUUACACGCGAGACAUUCUUGAAGUGGAGAGAGUCGUUCUUGAAAGAGAUGGAGGAGGGCAGAAUCAGGGAAGAGGAGGAAAGACUGGCCGAGUUGAAGAAAGCCAGGAUAAAGGAGCCUACAAAGCUCACAGGAAAACAGCUUUGGGAACGUGGCCUCGCAGCGGCCGGGCAAGAUGAGGCUGACGAUGAUACCGUCAUUGAGGAAAUUCAGAAACUUGAGGUUGGUGAAAACUAA